ACAGGAGCCACACAGUACAGAGCCAGGGUCCCAGGACAAAUACUAUGUAGCAGCAGUAGUAGUAGCAGUAGUUAUAGUAAUUUUAGUUGGUAGUAUUGGACAAAGUGGAUUGACAGUUGGAUUACUGUUUCUUAUUCCUGUCAGCAUGUCGGUGAAGCUGAAGUUCGAUUCUCCCUCAGACGGAGGGCUGGUCUCCAGGACACGCUCCUUCACUGGACUGGGAUCUCUGACGGGGCGCAGACGGAGCUCUUCUGUUCGCUCCCUUCGCUUCAAAGGUGGAUCUGGAACUACAUCUCCCAGAACGCACUUGUCUCCGAGUCGAGGGGGCGGGGUCAUGUGGUCCACACAACCAGAGCAGGUGGACAGGGUUUUCCAGGCACUAAGGAAAGGGCUCAAGGAGUAUCUGGAAGGGCAUCAGGUUGAAAUGGACUUCCUGGCAGCUCAACAGAGAGAGACCAAGAGGAACUCCAGACUGGCCUUUCUCUACGAUCUGGAAAAGGAGAUCAGAGCGUUGGAAAGAUACAUCCGAAGACUAGAGUUUCAAAUCAGCAAGGUGGAGGAGUUGUAUGAGACGUACUGCAUCCAGUGGAGGCUGUGUCAGGGGGCGGUGAACAUGCGCAGGGCCUUCUCCCUCUCCCCCUCCACCCGGGCGUCCCGCGAGAGCCUGCUUGAGCUCAGCCGCAACCACAGGCUCAGUUUACAGGACAUGUCAUCAAUGGAGGGCGAGUUGGAGAUCCUUUUGGGAGAACUACAGAUCAAAAUGAAAGGUCUGAUCGGCUUCGCUCGCCUUUGCCCUGGAGACCAGUACGAGGUGGUGGUGCGUGUGGGUCGCCAGCGUUGGAGGAUUAGAGGCAGGAUUGAGUCGGAUGAUACUCAGACAUGGGACCAGGAGGUGAUGGCCUUUCUCCCACAUAUCAACCACAACUUCCACAUCAAGGUGACAGAAGCCAAAGGACUGGGUUGGCAGUUGGUGGGCAGUGUGACAUGUGCCAGUGCAGACUUCUUUGUGUCUAAACCGCGGCUGAUGUUGGUGGACAUCACUGAGCUGGGGACUAUUAAACUACAACUAGAGGUCUCCUGGAAUCCGUUUGACAGCAGUGAGAAGAUGAGGCCUCUGUCCAUCAGCCGACAGUCUGUGUCCAGCAGAAAGAGCUCCGUGUACAGCUGGACUGCCCCCAAUACUCCCUCAUUCACAGAGAAGUACUUCAUGUCUAUGGUGCGAGAGCUACAGGACACAGAGGGAUCCUUGCCCUCUCUGGUGCCUAAAUCCCGCCCCCCUCGAGGAGGCGUGUCCCUGCUCAGUUACCUGUCCCACCAAUCACAAGCCUCGAUACCGUCCAGCCACAGCCCGCACAGCAGCAGCACUCCCAUCCUGACCAGGACGAACAGUUACCCGUCCAGCCCCAGUCCUGGCACCAGUCUGGGGGACAGCCGCUCGCAGCUGUCCUUAGAUGGAGGGUCAGUGAGAGAGUCCCCAGAGGAGGGCAGGACGAGGAGGAGGAGCGAAGAAGGGGAGGAAGAGGAGGAGGAGACGACAUGGGCCAGGUCUACCACUCCUGACCAGAGUACCACAGGCUCACUGCUGCUAGAAAGAUGCAGUACUCCAGAUAUUCUGAGGAAGAGCACAGUGGGGGAAACAGAUCGUGCCAGCCCUGUUAUUCCUCAGGACGUACCAGUCUCCAAGCCCCCCUCUCCCCCUCAGCCCCCUGUUGCCAAAGACCCCUCCCCCACAACCACUACUCCUAACCCGGGUAAACCUGUGAGCGUGGUCCAGCGCAGAGCCCUCUCCCGCAGACUGGGGGCGCUCAUCACUCAUCUGGAGAAAAGUCUGCAGCACAACGGCACAACAGAGAAAGAGCUGAGGGCGUUGGACCAUCACCUGCUGCAUCUCGCCACUAUACUCAAGAAUGACCUGUCCCUGCUGAGGAGCUCGUGCUCAGAGGAGACCCUAGCUGUGGAGGAGGUUCUUGGCAGUUUUGACUUUUUGUCCCACGACCUAAACGCAGACGAGGAUACGACCUCCUGUUUGGGCAGCAUCAGGCUCAAAGACUCAGGCAUCAGUUCGAUUAAGGAGAGCACCCUGAGGAGCUUGGGCAUGAUCCCCCGGGACACUGCGUCACAGGAGGAGUUGGGAGUCGCCCCGCUGACUUCUGGAAACUGGAGUCUGGACCAGGCCCUGGAAACUCACCUGGACAUCUGCUGCAGUCUGCUCCAGGUGUUGCGCGUUACGGACAGCGCCCCCUCCAGGCAGGAUCUUUUAGAAGAGGUGUCACUCCAAACCGAGGCACUGGACAAAAUCAACUCUCUGCUGCUGCAAAAGAACGACAACAUCUCAGCUGAAGACAUCCUCCCUAAAGCUCAGAAGACCCGGGACCUGCUGCAGUUCUGGGAGGACUGUGCCGAUAAUGUCAUGUCUGCUCCCUUCUGUUGCCAUGCCGACAGCUUCUCCCGAUCACUGCGGAAACGCUACACGCACAAGGUGAAGGCCAAGCAGCCCGGACAAUCAGAAAGAGUCUUUGCUGAGCUGGUGCAGCAGGUCGUGUCGGUGUGCAGAGCCGUCCCCAACCCCUGGACCUGCGCCAGCCCAGAGCGGCUCACUGUGUUCCAGCUGUCCCUCUACAUGAAGCGCUGGAGCAUCUCUGACCUGGGGGAGCACAUCUCACAACUUUCUAAAGAAGAGUACAUCUUGUGGUCUCUGCGCGGGCCUAAGAGGAGGAAAGCUCUGAACAAACUGAAGCAGAGACACUUUUGUGAGCUGCUGCCCCUCAGACAGACCCUCCACACUCUGGGCUCUCUGCAGACUGACCCCCAUCAUAAAGUGUGUAAAGCUGCGGCGAACUGUCUGAGCAGAGCUGCGAACAACAAGAGCUUCAGGAAAAAGGCUGUCGUUUACUUCACAGAGAGUCUGAAGAGCUCUGACGCUCUGGUCCAGCAGUGCUCCUGUCUGGCCCUCAAAUGUCUCAGGGCAACAGAGAGUGUGGACUAUAUAGCAGAAUUAUGGCGGUCGUCCAAUGAGGAUGUGCGCAGCGCUGCCAGAGAAACCAUCCUUUCUUUUGGUAAGAAGGGCCAUGCUGCGUUUCAGAAGAUGGAUCAGAUUGACAGUGAACUGCAGGAGGAGGCCUACAGGAACCUGGAGACGGAGAUCACCAUUUUGUAGACUCCAUGUUGAGGCUGGUGUAUGGCCCAGCGUCAAACCUAUGCAUCCAAGAGCCAAUCAGAAAGCUGUUCGUUGCGCCACGUACGUGCACCUCGGCCAAAAUGGUCCAACAUGUCGUAUUUCCGCCAUCCGUAAGCCCUGUGAUUGGUUCAUUCACAAAGACCAUACAAUUGACUGAUUAAAAACAUCUUAUAGCAGCUCAAGUUUGGCACAGAAAUGUCUGCAUAUGAGCCGAAUAUGAUUGUUUAUGAUUGAUUGUCACAGGAUUCCCACAAUGCACCUGGGCCCUGAUUAGCUCCGCAGAAGCCUCUAUGGUUCAGAUCUGCAUCGGGAACCAUAAACCAGCUUUUAGAAAGAAACAGGAAGUGACACGGGAAAUAUGGAAGGAUGGAAACUGCACUGAAGAAGAAAUGUGAAUGUUAGGGAAUUGUUUUUAUUUGGAAGAUCAUUUGAUUUUUGUUAGAAAGAGAGGGAGGGACCAAUUAAAUGGACAUUAAAGACAUCCAGGAAUGAGCCAUAUUAUUAUAACCACUUGCCUUUUUCAUCACUGAGCUUUCUUUGGUCCACUUUGAAGAAUACAGAUCAUUACACCCAAGAGCUGCACUAAUCCACGACUAAACCAGGACUAAACCAGGACUGAAUCAGGACUAACCCAGGUCUAAAGCUCCUCUGCAGACCAGCAACACCUCCACAAGAAGUGAUAGAUUUGGGAAUUUGAUCUGAUUUGGGAAUUUGAUCUGAUCCAUCAACAUAGGAGUAUCAUGUCUAAGUUUUAUUUUAAUAUUUUAGCCAUUUUACAACAUUGUUUUUUUUCAUCAAACACCUACCUAGAGUCUGUCGGUAAAUGUCGGUAAUUGUGCAAAUUUUGCCUACCCCCCUCAUCAGAUCUCAAAAUAUUCACUUCCACUUUGUGAUGUCACGAGGUGGUCAACCAGGAAGUCUUCACGAGAUUAAUUCUGAUCAUAUUAACGCUCAUAUUACCUUCACAAAAACUUUACAGCUAGCAGCAAAUGUUUAGCCUCAUUUCAACUGCUUAUCUCCUCAGACAGUGAUGAGUUGUUGCGCCCUCUGUUGGCAAGGUGUUGUAUAUGUUCAGAAAUAAAUUACCUUUCCUUUUUUCUACAUAAGAUACUUUGGGUAUAAACACAAAAUGACAAUACUUAAUCAUCCAAAAUUUCAGAAAGUGUAAAUAUUAUAAUCAUUGACACACACUCAUAGACCAGUGCACACACAUACUGGGUAAAGUGUCUUGCCCAAGGACACAACAGCAGCGUUAAUCUGUGGGAGCUUUAAUCACACUGCCAACUUGAUCUGACCACUCAAACUGCCAACCUUUGGAUCAGUGGACAACACUCAAACUUUAAGCAGUGAUUAUAUGUAUUUUUGUAUUUUA